AUGGCGAAUCUGUAUGUGACGGCAGUGCCACCGGCGGAUCUGAACAGGAAUACCGAGUGGUUCAUGUAUCCUGGAGUUUGGACUACUUACAUAUUAAUAUUGUUCUUUUCUUGGCUUGUUGUUCUCUCUGUCUUUGGUUGCUCUCCUGGCAUGGCUUGGACCAUCGUCAAUCUCUCCCACUUCGCCGUCACUUACCACUUUUUCCACUGGAAGAAAGGAACCCCAUUUGCAGAAGACCAGGGAAUCUAUAACCGGCUGACCUGGUGGGAGCAGAUGGACAAUGGAAAGCAGCUUACACGCAACAGAAAGUUUCUAACUGUUGUUCCUGUGGUGCUAUACUUGAUAGCCUCACACACAACUGACUAUCAAAAUCCAAUGCUCUUUUUAAACACGGUUGCUGUGUUGGUGCUUGUUGUUGCCAAGUUCCCGAAUAUGCACAAGAAGUCGGAACUUGAAGGUUAUUUGAAUUGUAAUGUUUUUGUGCUGACUGCUUUUGACAAGCUGUUCCUGGGUGAAGCAAUUAAGUGUAUCGAGUUAAUAUUUGUACAGUUGAGAAAUGUUGGGUAUCUUUGGCGUAUAGUGCGGGCCGUUGUCAGGUUUCUAUAUGCAGGGCACUCAUCCACAGGUGCCAAGGAAUACAGGAAACUUUGGCAGCCUCUUUCCAGUAAUCAUGAUUCUCCUACGAAUCCUACAGCCCUGCUGGAUUGGUUUCUCCAGAAUUUUGGAUUGCAAGGCGUCUUCCAAUCAAAUGAAACACCAAAAAGGAUUGAAAAUGGUUGUCGAAUUGAGAUGCCAAAAUUCAACGUCAACGUAGCUGAGGAACCAAUAGAAAUGGUUGACUGGGACAUAAGGCAGUUCGAUGAUUUCAAAAAUCACAACAGCGGUCACAUGCAAUUGAGUACUGUGCAGAAAAAAGAAGAAAAUAACCAAGUUUUGAAACCGGGGGGACCCUUAUCCUCACGAUCUGCAAUGACAAUUAGCGGAAGGGCUAAUAGAACCCUGAACGAUUCCGUAUCACCACCACCACCAAAUAAACAUUAUUACUGUGGUCAUGAGUCUCGAUUGGUCAAUGAAAAGAGAUGA